AUGGUGACUUUACAGAAGUGUGAGAUUGAUGCUCUAUCGCGAGACGAUUUGGUUUGUUUUGUUAAGAAACAAAUAGAAAAGUUGAAAAGUGUCAAAACUGAAAAUGAAAAGCUCAGAACGGAACUGGCAGAAAUUGGAAAGAACCUAUCUGUAUGUGAACAAAAGUGUAGUGAUGUUCAAAAAGAAAAUUUCGAAAAAAACGAAGAAGUUAAGCUAUUGAAUGAAAGUGCAAAUCAGGCAAGUAUUCCAAGUGAAUGUGUUCUCUCAGACAGUGAAAACGAAACCAUUAUGAACAUUGCACAGUUGCAGAAUGAAUUAACUUCUGUAAAGAAUAUGCUGCAAGAACAGUCAAAAAAAUACGAAAAACAAGUGAAUGAAAAUGAGCGUCUAAUCUAUACACUAGCUGAAUUGCGUUCUCUGUUUGAUGAUCAACAAGCGCAGCUUGAAUCUUAUAAAGAGAAACGAAGUGUAGAGAACGUUAUCUCACUUGAAAUGGCUGAUUUUGAAAAAACGAUUGAAAGACUGCAGAAGGAACUUAAAGCAGUCAAAAAUGAAAAACAGGAAUUAGAUACUAAACUCAGUUCAGUGACUAAAGAAAUGGAGAUCUUGUAUGAAGAAAAAGCUUCUCUUAGCAGUAAUAUCAUGAAGUUUGAGGAUGCUUUAGAAAAAGAAACAGAAAUCGAUUUACGUGACAAAGAGCAAAAACGCCUGGAAGGGCAACUAAAGGAUCAAGUUUCUGCUCGAAGUGAAGAACGCGAUCAGCUGAUGAUAGUUAUUAGUAACAAUGAAAAAAAUAUUAAGGAUUUGCAAACUUCUAAUUCUUCCUUGAAUCGACAGUUAAUAUCACUUCGUUCUCAACAUGAGUCAUUACAAAAACAACUUGAUGACCUCUCCCAAGAAUAUUCAACAUUUAAAGUGCGUGCGCAUUAUGUGUUAGAACAAAGAAAGAGUGAAGCAGAUCAGCGUGGAGAGGGUGAAAUGGAGAUAUUAGAGGGAACUAUCCGGGAACAAAAGAAGACAAUUGAGAAUUUGGUAAAUUCUACUCUUAAUUUACAAGGUGAACUUGAUUCUUCUUCUCAACAUGUCAUAACAUUAGCGACAGAAGUAACUAAUUUACAGAGACAGUUGGAUACCGUCAUCGAAUCACACCGUAAAGAAUUAGCUGAGCAGUCUCGAGAAUUCGAAUCGCGUUCUGCCUCUGCAACCAAACUGAAUAGUGAACUAAUAAUGCAGCUUGAGGCAAAUUCGGCUGCACAUGUUCAAGAAAAAAAAAAUUUGUUAAUAACUGCACGUCAGGAACGUGAGAGUUUACAGGAAGAAUUGGAGCGCUUGCACCAUGCUUUAGAUGAAGAAGUGAAGCGACGCACUGAUAUGGAAAAGAUUCAAGCAACGAUGACUGCACAAAAUGUUGCAAUACAAAUACAAAAACCUGUCACUGAAACUCCACUUCUUAGUUCUUACUUGAAGCGACCUUCAACACUGGUCACUUCAGCAAAAGAAAUUAGAAACGAUAGCAAUGAAAUAUAUAAAGAAAAAUCAUUGGAAGAGGUGAUUUAUGGAGAAUCGGAGGAAGAUGCAGUAAUUGAUAUUUGGAAUCAGUCUGAGAGUUCAAUGACUUUGGAAGAGACUGUUCAAUUAGAACAUACGCGUGAACUCCUAAAUGAAAGUGAGUCGAAUAAUGCAAGAUUGUUGGAACAAACAAAAGUGUUGAAAGAAGAGAUUCGUAAAAUGGAACGUAAUAAGGAACGUGAGAAUCAUUUAAGCAACACAGAAUACUUGAAAGAUAUUAUUUUGAAGUUUAUUGCUCCUGAAAAAGUCACAUAUGAACGUGGUCAACUGAUACCAGUUUUGGCAACAAUGUUGAAACUGAGCAGUGAUGAAGUAAAUUUGCUCACUCGGUUUGUGGAAGGUAUUCUUUUUGCCAAGUUGAAAUUACUAGUGCAAAUUUAA